AAAAACAACAUAGUUAAGUGACAUAAGGAAUGUUUUUGGAAUAAUAUCCAAUAAUUUUCCAGUGUAAAACACAAAAUAAUAAUUAAAAAUUGCAUAAUUAAAACCUCUUUAAUGAUUUAAAUAAGUCCAGGAUCAAAUUUGGAAAUUUCAUUAAUUUUGAAGAAAAUGACUUCUGUUGAUUGGGAAGAAGUUAAAAGACUUGCUGCUGACUUUCAAAAAGCUCAGCUUAGCUUUUCUUUACAAAAACUAUCUGAACGCAAUUGUGUGGAAAUAAUAACAAAACUCACUGAAGCAAAACUUUUGAAUAUUAUUUUUACAAAUGAUGGUAAAGAAUAUGUGACACCGCAACAUUUGGAAAAAGAAAUUAAAGAUGAAUUAUAUGUUCAUGGUGGACGUAUUAAUUUAGUGGAAUUGGCAAAAAUUUUAAAUGUUGAUUUAUCACAAAUUUCAAAAUCAGUCAAUGAUAUUGAAAAACAUGAUAAAUCAUUGAAACUUAUUUUGGGUCAAUUAAUCGAUAGAAAUUAUAUGAUAAGAAUUGCCGGCGAAAUUAAUGAUAAAUUAAAUCAACAAGGUCAUAUUAAUGUAUCAGAUUUAACAUUAAAAUAUGAUUUACCCGCUGAAUUUUUACAAUCGUUGUUAGAGAAAGAAUUGGGAAAAAUAAUAUUUGGUAAACAAGAUUCACAGGAUUUAAAGAUAUUUUAUACUGAAGGAUAUGUGGCAAGAAAUCGUGCAAAAGUAAGAGGUGCUUUAUCGGCAAUUACAAAACCAACGCCACUUUCUGCUAUUUUGGGACAAUGUGGAGUUCCGGAGAGAAUAUUUUUUUCAAUUCUCGAGAGUUUACAAGACAUGAUGCAAGUACCUGGCGUUGUUACUGGAAAACAAGGCGGAAAUAGUAUUUACGUGCCAUCAAUUUAUUCAAAAAGUCAAAGUGAAUGGGUUGACAAUUUUUACAAGCAAAAUGGAUAUCUCGAAUACGAUGCACUUUCACGAUUGGGAAUAUCGGAUCCACGAAAUUUUGUAAAACGUCACUUUCCCAAUGAGAAUUUAACUCUUCUCGAUACUGUGGCAGUUGGCACGACAAUAUUAGAUCAAGUUGACGCCAAUAUUGAUGAAACAUUAGCAUCCGAAUCAUUUAUGGAUAUUUAUCCACUUUUACCAUCAGUUUUCAGUUCUCAAGAUGUGGAAAUAAUUUUAAAAGAAACUUUAAAACGAACAAAACGUAAUAUUCACAUUUAUUCAGCAACUGUUGUUGUUUCUGAGACAUUUUUACAAAAUUUAUACAAAAAAUUGGAAUCAUUGGCCGAGAAAAAAGCCAAGGAACUCGUCGAUAGUGGCAAAUGGUUACAAUCAAUUGCCGAAAGUCGUUUAUUAAAAUCAAAAACAACUACCGAUGUAAUUGACAAUAAAUCAGAUAGAAAAGCAGAGAGAAGAAAAAAGGCGUCAAGUGGCAAAAGUGGAGGUGGUGCACAAGGACGUGAAACAAAGACAAAAUCAACAAAAAAAAAGUAUCAUCAAGGAAAAAAUCAUGAAAUUGAUUCAGAUGAGGAGAAUACAACUCGCAUUGGUGGUAAACAAGAAUUAUCAUUUAUUACCAAUGUUGAGAUUGGCAAAGAAUUAAAGAAAGAUUCAAAUAUUGCCGAUAUUGAUGAAUUUUCUGAUGAAUUAGCAAUAUAUUUACAAAAUUUAUUAAAUAAACAUGUAAUUCAUGUGGCUGAACAAUUAAUGCAAAAAAGUAAAACAACAAAUUUAACGGAAAUUGAAGAUAGACUCAAUAUGAUAGCAGUAAAUAUUCGUGUCUUUGACAAGGGUAUAAAACAUUUAGAUAAAAGCGCACAAUCAUCUAUGAUUAAAUAUCUAUUGAAAACAUUAGGUUUGGAUUUUGUUACGGAAAUUUUUAAAUUGGCAUCUAAUCAAAAUGUUAUACAGUGUCCAAAUAAUUUAACAACAGAAUCGAGGCAAAAAUUACUUAUUGAAUUUCCAAAGGAUAUUAAAGAGAGUCUUGGUGAAUUGCAUAGAACUGUGAUUGGUGAAUCGGUGGAGGAUUUUUUAAAUGCCAUUGAACCAGCAAUGGUUGUAUGUUGUUUGGUUUUGAAAAAAUAUGACAAAAAAAAAGAUAGACCUAUUAUUAUUGGUCAUAGAGAAGCAUUACUCGAUCAAAUUAAUUCAACACAAGAUCCAGCAUUGGCACUUCAUUUGGCGACAAAUAUUUUAUUUAUUGUUGCCACACAAUGUGCAUUACACAUGUCCGGUCGACAUGUUUCGAUGAUACUUAAUUUUUUGCAAACACAUUUGGAACUUGAGAAAAUGUCUAUUCUCACUAAAUAUCAUGAUUUAGUGCUAAAAUUAUUAAGUUCAAAUGACGAAUCGGAGAAAGCUGCAACUCUCACACUUCUUGAGGAUGGUUUACAGGAAAUUAAAAAUAUUGCUAAUGAUGCAAAAAAGUAUGUGAAAACAGACAAAUCACACGAUUAAUUAAUUAAUAAAAUGUUUCAAUAUUAUCGGAUAA